AUGCCACCGAGUCCGGUAACCUCAACUCCAUUUUUGGUAAAUGACAUCCUGAAAAUGGAACAGCAACAUACUCUUAACCCAAAUGGAUUCAUGGGUUCAGAGCAGGAGGACACUGUACCGCUGCAGUCGCUUCAGCUUCAGUGUAUGCAGAGCACAUUAAGCCGGAGCCUAGAUCUCCUCCUCAGUCCAGAGAAACACAACGCGAUUUCUGGGGAACAGAUGAAACGUGCCUUGAAUUCAGAUGACUUAGACAUCGUCAAAGGUUCAUGUGGCUCUCCAACGGAGGAGGAGAUGGAUCCAAGUGAAGACACAAGCAUGUGUCUGUUUGUCAACUCUAGUAGUAAAAACGAUACACCCAAGGAUAAACCAAAGCAGAGGCUGCGCAGGAAACCCAGAGUUCUCUUUUCUCAAACGCAAGUAUUUGAGCUGGAAAGACGCUUCAAGCAGCAGAGAUACCUGUCAACACCCGAGCGAGACCACCUGGCUCAUGUCCUGAAGCUCACUUCCACACAGGUGAAAAUAUGGUUCCAGAACCGGAGGUACAAAUGUAAGAGGCAGCGUCAGGAUACAACUCUAGAGCUGGCCGGCCCACGGAGGGUGGCAGUGCCAGUGCUGGUGCGAGAUGGCAAACCCUGUCACGGAUCGCCGUUCAAUGUCACUAUAGGAUCCUAUAACUAUUACAACAGUAAUGGGAAUAACCCAUACCACUGUAACUUCACUUCUGUACCCUCGUUUGCAAAUACAAGCCAAAUACCCAACCACUUUAUGGAUAUGAAUUUGACGACAGGAACUGUUGAUGGGAUCAGAGCUUGGUGA